CUGGCGGGGCGGCGGGGCGGGAGGCGGUGGCCGCGGAGCCCCCUCGAUGCGCCUGGGCGGCGGGUCCCCCCGGGCUGCCUCGCCCGAGAACGGCAGCCGGUGGCGGGCGGCGGAGCCCGGCGGCAGCCCCGGCCCCGAGGCGUGGUCGGGGGCGCCGAACGGCAGCCUGGGCGGCUGGGACCCGUUCGGGCGGGAUGAGGAGCUGGCGAAGCUGGAGAUCGCGGUGCUGGCGGUGGCGUUCGCGGCGGCGGUGGCGGGGAACGGCAGCGUGCUGCUGGCGCUGCGCCGCACGCCCCGCAAGGCGUCCCGCAUGCACCUCUUCAUCCGGCACCUCAGCCUGGCGGACCUGGUGGUGGCUUUCUUCCAGGUGCUGCCCCAGCUCUGCUGGGAGGUGACCCACCGCUUCCACGGCCCCGACGGGCUCUGCCGCGUGGUGAAGCACCUGCAGGUGUUCGGCAUGUUCGCCUCGGCGUACAUGCUGGUGGCGAUGACGGCCGACCGCUAUAUCGCCGUGUGCCACCCGCUGAAGACGCUGCAGCAGCCCACCAAGCGCUCCUACGGCAUGAUCGCGGCCGCCUGGGCGCUCAGCCUGCUGCUCAGCACCCCGCAGUACUUCAUCUUCUCGCUCAGCGAGGUGGAGCGCGGCUCGCGGGUGUUCGACUGCUGGGCGCACUUCAUCAUGCCCUGGGGGCCCCGCGCCUACGUCACCUGGAUCACCGGCGGCAUCUUCGUCGCGCCCGUCCUCGUCCUCGUCACCUGCUACGGCUUCAUCUGCUGCCGCAUCUGGCGCAACGCGCGGGGCAAGGCGCGCCCCGGGGCGGCGGUGAGGGGCGCCGGGGGCCGCCGGGGCGUGCUGCUCGCCCCCUGUGUCAGCGGCGCCGGGACCAUCUCCCGAGCCAAGAUCCGCACCGUCAAGAUGACCUUCGUCAUCAUCUCGGCGUACGUCGUGUGCUGGGCGCCCUUCUUCACCAUCCAGAUGUGGUCGGUCUGGGACCAGCGCUUCCCCUGGGUCGAUUCUGAAAAUACGGCAACUACCGUCACGGCUCUGUUGGCCAGUCUGAAUAGUUGCUGUAACCCAUGGAUCUACAUGUUCUUCAGUGGGCAUCUCCUGCAGGACUGUAUACAGAGCUUCCCUUGCUGCCAAAAAAUAAAGCAGACACUGAGUAAAGAAGAUUCAAACAGCAACAGCAGGCGCCAGACUUCUUUUACCAACAACAGAAGCCCAACCCACAGCUUGAAUACCUGGAGAGAGUCGCCCCACUCCAAAUCAAACAGUUUCAUCCCCAUUCCAACCUGAAACACUGCUUGGGAAGGUUACAGCAUAGCACUUUGUGCUGGUCAAAGGCACCGGUCAUGGUAACAGGGAAUGACUAAGAUGGUUGUAAGACAGAACUUCCCACAUUGCUCAAUAAGCUAAUCUGCAGCAUGUAAAUUAUUUCUGCAAGGUAUUUAGGACUUGGGGAGUUUAAUCAGGAAGGUGUGACAACAGUAAAGCUAUUAUUUUUCUAAAUAGAAUUUAUUAUUUUAACUACUUUUUGUUUCUAAAAUACUAAGUGCAUUGUUUGCUUCCUUUUCAAAGCAGUAAAAAUAGUGGAGUCGGCACAUGUUGGGGUAACUCCGCUCUGUAGUGUUAAUGCAUAAAACUUCUCAUGAUUGUCAGCUGGAGUCACAGGGAAAGAAGAUUAUAUGAGUCAGAUCACGAUUUAGCCUUAAAGACAAGAAGAAAAGACUUGGGAGAAAUAUCUAAGUGUCCAGAUAAGGAACAGGCUGUGAGUUAUUUGGAGUUUAAUUGAUCAUACUGCAUUAUCUUGUAAAGAUCUAACAAUCCUCAGCUAAUGAAAUUUAACAGCCCUUGUGAAAAGAAAUCCUUCAGUGCUGUUGAUGUCUAUAUGUGUAUUGUGGAGUUGCAUUUUUGGGGUGACAUUUCUUGCCUUCAAGUUGAUGAAAACCGUACAGCAUUUUUUUGUGUAUGUGUUGUUGCACCUACCUUGAUGUUUUUAAACUAAUUAAAAAAAAUCUGAUAAAUAAGUAUAAUAAGCCGUGACUUACAAACAGAUACAUCAAGAAAAGUCAUCAGGACUACCAGAACCACUUGCUUUAUGGGUAAAAAUUGCAUAUUUUUUUUUAAAUUCACUAAGACAGCUAAGAUCAAACCACAAUUGGUUGUCAAACACAUAGCCCCAUAAUUCUGGGAGAAGGUGGCUGUUUGGUAAGAGCUGAAGAAUCAGUAUAUUCAAAGACACAGAUCUCAGAAUCAAACUUAAAUGUCUUCUGGAAACAGAUAAAAAUUGUCAGUGUUAUUGGGUUUGGGGUUUCUUUGAGAGGGAGCAGAUCAUGACGAUAUAAGCCUUAAAUCUAGCAGUAAACUGCAACAAAAAGUCAUCAUAACACAUUUACUAAUUAUAAAGCAUUCGAAGUGUGCUUGUUUUCACUGCAAUGCAUGCUGAGUCAAAUGUAGCUCCUGCAGCUUGUGAGUAAUCCUGUUAUGUCUUUCCAUGGAGUCUGUCUUUCACCUGGAGACUGGAUUUUGAAGCUCCUCGAGUAAGUUUUGCUGUGGUUUUAAAGUCCUGAGGAUCAGUUUGAGAAGUAAUGAUACCUGUCUGCUCCUAAACCCUCUGGAUCAUGAAAUCCAGGCAUAGCCCUAGCACCACACAGGACUUCUGACACCAUCCCAGCUGGUUCGCUGGAGCAGUGGGUAACAUGCAUUCUUAUGUUUUCAAGGAGGAACCUCAGCAGUAGGUUUCCCUUUUGGUUUUUUUUUUUCCCAGCAAUGCCAGCUGAAUAAGAUGAUUACUUUCGUAGUUGCUUGAGGAGUGAAGAAAAAGGGGGCUGCAACUGCAGCUUUCACUGUGGAUGGUGCUGGGCCCAUGCUUCUCUCAAUAAUGGUAGCAGAAAUUAAUAGAGCUACGUGCCGGAUGAGACUAUAUUCAAUCAAGCGUCCACUCUGAGCUCCCAGACAUACCAGUGACUGUUCUAGGUAAGGAA